AGCAUAAUAGAAUGAAACAAAAAUGCCUUUCAUUAUAGGUAAAUCCUCAGCUUGUGGUUCUACAGUCCCAUUGUAUUCUUCCUAUUUAACUCCUAACCAUUCCUUCUUUUAGCUAUCUAAGGUUCCAACCAACUCUCUCUCUCUCUCUCUCUCUCUGAAAACAAUGAAGAUGAGAGGACUUAGUUUGAGAAGCCUCACAUUUAUGCUAUUCAUUGCCUUGUUGGUUUUGUUUUCUCAUAUGGGAACUUGUAGUGCCAGAAGAGGCAAACAUUGGAGGCAAAACAGAGCUAUCUCAGCUUCUCUGUCCAAGAAUGGAAAGAGUCACCAUAGCAAUGCCGGUAAAUUAAAACACAAAGCACCACCACUGCCACCACCUUCUCCUCCUCCAUCUCCUCCAAAAACACCGCGACCUCCUCCCACGUCUUCUUCAAAAUCACCGCCAUCCCCGGCUCCUGCACCAAAAAAAGAUACUUCCUCCACCGUCUUUAACGUACUAGAUUUUGGAGCCAAGGGAGAUGGAACUGGUGAUGACACAAAGGCGUUUCAAGCUACAUGGGCAGCUGCUUGUAAAGUGCAGGCAUCAACGGUCAUGGUCCCAUCACAGUUCACUUUUCUUGUGGGACCCAUCUCAUUCUCUGGCCCCUACUGCCAAUCAAACAUUGUCUUUCAGCUUGAAGGCACCAUUAUUGCUCCGACGAGCUCCAAAGCUUGGGGUGCGGGUCUCUUCCAAUGGCUCCAGUUUACAAAACUAGUAGGAAUCACAGUUCAAGGAUCGGGAACCAUCGAUGGAAGAGGCUCGGUCUGGUGGCAAGAUUCCCCAUACAAUUCCUCCAUAGCCGGAUAUGAAUCAGCACUAUCUAUUAUCCCAUUAAACAACUCUAUAGAAGAAAACCCAACAAUUCCGAUAAGCAAUUCGCUAAGUGGGAACAUGCCGAGUAUUAAACCAACUGCACUGAGAUUCUACGGGAGCUUCAACGUGACUGUCGCAGGCAUAACGAUUCAAAACAGUCCUCAGUGCCACCUCAAGUUUGACAACUGCGUAGGUGUUUCAGUCUUCAACAUGAAAGCCGCAUCUCCCGGUGACAGCCCUAACACCGAUGGCAUCCACUUGCAGAACUCUCAGAAUGUUGUAAUCCGCAAUUCUAAUCUUGCUUGCGGAGAUGACUGUGUUUCUAUACAAACUGGAUGCUCUAAUGUAUACAUACACAAUGUGAACUGUGGACCUGGGCAUGGAAUUAGCAUUGGAGGGCUAGGAAAGGAGGGCACCAAGGCCUGCGUUUCGAACAUUACUGUUCGAGAUGUCAGUAUACAAAAUACAAUGACAGGUGUCAGGAUAAAGACAUGGCAGGGUGGGUCAGGGUCUGUGCAAGGAGUAAUGUUCUCAAACGUUCAAGUUUCUGAAGUCCAAUUCCCAAUCGUAAUUGACCAAUACUAUUGUGACAAAAGCACAUGCAAGAACCAAACAUCUGCUGUGGCCCUAUCAGGAAUCACAUACGAAAAGAUACGAGGAACUUAUACUGUAAAACCAGUACACCUUGCAUGUAGUGACAGCCUACCUUGCAUGGAUGUCACUCUGACUGACAUAGAACUAAAACCACUACAAGAACAGUACCACAUGUAUGAUGUCUUCUGCUGGCAGACUUUUGGAGAGUUGAUCUCUCCCACUAUGCCUCCGAUCGAUUGUUUACAGGUUGGCAAGCCAUCAAGCAACACGAUUCAAAAUUAUUAUGAUUCAUGUUAAGCUUAGCCUAGGUAUAUUCUGGUGUAUUCAUUCAAUUGUGUGGUCGGCUGAUUUCCUGACCCCUUUGAUACCAUUAGGUAGUAAGCUAAUACGCAUAUUUUGGUAAUAGUUGUUGGGAUUCUUCUUUACUAUGGCUACAUUGGUUCCUAUUUUGUAAGAAUACAAAAUUGUUAGCAGCUAAGAGUUUGAUAUAAUACAUGCUUGAUUACGAGGUUGUGAUAAAUAAGUCACCAAUUCAAUAUAUUUAUAAUUUGCAAUCAA